CCGCCAUGGGCAUUAAAUUUUUAGAAGUUAUUAAACCAUUCUGUGCGGUUUUACCAGAAAUCCAGAAACCAGAAAGGAAGAUCCAGUUCCGAGAGAAGGUACUAUGGACAGCUAUCACACUCUUCAUUUUCUUAGUAUGCUGCCAGAUACCUUUGUUUGGAAUCAUGUCAUCAGACUCUGCAGAUCCUUUYUACUGGAUGCGAGUCAUCCUUGCGUCAAACAGAGGUACAUUGAUGGAGUUGGGUAUUUCACCAAUUGUGACAUCUGGGUUGAUAAUGCAGCUACUGGCUGGAGCAAAAAUCAUCGAAGUUGGUGAUACUCCAAAAGACAGAGCCCUGUUCAAUGGAGCCCAGAAACUGUUCGGGAUGAUUAUUACCAUUGGGCAAGCCAUUGUGUAUGUUAUGACUGGAAUGUAUGGAGACCCUGCUGAAAUGGGUGCUGGAAUUUGUCUUCUUAUUAUAAUUCAGCUGUUUGUUGCUGGUUUGAUUGUGCUGCUCUUAGACGAGUUGCUGCAGAAAGGUUACGGUUUGGGAUCUGGGAUUUCCCUCUUUAUUGCUACCAAUAUCUGUGAAACCAUCGUCUGGAAGGCUUUUAGUCCCACCACCAUUAACACUGGCAGAGGGACGGAGUUUGAGGGCGCCGUGAUUGCCUUGUUCCACCUCCUGGCCACACGAACUGACAAAGUCCGCGCCUUGCGGGAAGCCUUUUACCGGCAGAACUUGCCCAACCUCAUGAAUCUGAUUGCCACAGUGUUUGUGUUUGCUGUAGUUAUAUAUUUCCAGGGAUUUCGUGUGGAUUUACCUAUCAAAUCUGCACGCUAUCGAGGACAAUACAGUAGCUACCCUAUCAAGCUCUUCUACACCUCCAACAUUCCCAUCAUCCUGCAGUCUGCCUUAGUUUCAAACCUCUAYGUUAUUUCCCAGAUGUUGUCUGUGCGUUUUAGUGGCAACUUCUUGGUCAACUUACUAGGACAGUGGGCAGACGUCAGUGGUGGUGGCCCUGCUCGGUCUUAUCCUGUUGGUGGCCUCUGCUACUAUUUGUCCCCCCCUGAAUCCAUGGGUGCAAUAUUUGAGGAUCCUGUCCAUGUAAUAGUUUAUAUAAUUUUUAUGUUGGGAUCCUGUGCAUUCUUCUCAAAAACUUGGAUUGAGGUGUCCGGAUCAUCAGCAAAAGAUGUUGCCAAGCAACUCAAAGAGCAACAAAUGGUGAUGAGAGGCCACAGGGACACCUCGAUGGUUCACGAGCUUAACAGAUACAUCCCCACAGCAGCUGCGUUCGGUGGCUUGUGCAUCGGCGCCCUCUCAGUAUUAGCAGACUUCCUCGGUGCCAUCGGCUCGGGCACCGGCAUCCUGCUCGCGGUCACCAUCAUCUACCAGUAUUUUGAAAUCUUUGUAAAAGAACAGGCUGAAGUCGGAGGMGUAGGGGCACUAUUUUUCUAGAUGUCCCAGUAUUUCAUGGUUUGUGUGAAAGGGAAAGUACUUUGACAACAUGCAUCAUUUAGUCCAAUAAUGCUGUUUUCUUUUUACUUGUUUUCAAGUGCUACGUGCCCCAUUAUUGUAAUGGGCAUUGAGCAAUGCCUGUGAGCAGCAUCAGUACCGGCUGCCUUAAGAAUCAAGUUUACAUCAUCUUGUUUAAGUAAAUCUAGUGUUGCCUGUAAUGCUGGAAACCAAUUCAUCUACCUUGCUGUUCAGACACUACCGUGAGAUGGGAAGAUGUAUCAGUUCUUGGUAAACAAUUUUGCACACAGCCUUGAGGUGUUAAAUUUAUUUCCCAGUUCUUAGUAGAAAAAAAAAAAAAAAUCUGGACUCAGAUUGCCCCAUGGCAGUAUCCCUGACACGAUUCAUUUGUAGCCUGUUAUUUUACAUUUUUUUUUUUUAAUACACUUUUUAAACUGGCAUUUCCCCCAUCAUUGAACUCCUUGGCACUUCUUCACGGUGCCUCCACCUGGGCACCUUUCUCUUGGCUCUGAGGGAAGGACAAGCAAAAGGUUUCACCCCAGACUGAUACUCCUGUCACCUGCAAGCUGGUUGUGUCCUGGGUUGCUGCCCUGCAGGGCCCGGGGCA